AACUGUUGCGCUAAGUAGCAUGAAUUGCAAUAAUUGUUUGUUGAUUCAAGAUCGUGUACAUUAGUACAAAAGCAUGAUCAUGCUGUAACAUCAAUCGUUGGCACGUGCCUCCAUUAGCCUGCCCAACGCACUCACAUUACUAUACGAGCUGAAUCUCGCCUGUGUUUAGGAGAGGGAGAACAGAUCCUCCACUCACAAUCUAACGUAUAUGCCUUCAGCUCACUCUCACCUUCUAGGGCCACUGACAUCACGGACCAGCUGACCCAGUACGGUUGCAUCGGCAGCUUCUCAACGUUCAACGAAGACACCUCAGUUACAAUCCGGCCGUUAUCUGUACUACACGCACUUGGCCGGCAACAGGGCACGAUAAUCUCUCGUCGGCUACCUUCACUGUCUGUCAUUCAUCAUCGCCCGUCUUCAAGAUAUGGGAUCGUACAAGCCGACCGCACCAACGGGAGACAUCGAAAUUCUGCGCUACGAUGACCGCUACCGGGAGCAAUCGAUGGACGUACUGCGGAAGUCAUUUUUCCUUAACGAAAUGGUUUGUAUCGGAGCGGAGGUGAACCUGACGCCCCAGGCUCAGAAGGAUCUUGAGCAGCUCUGUCUAGACGUAGCGGACGGUGGUGUGUCGAUGAUCGCGAAACACACACCAACCGAUACGAUCGUUGGCGUUUCGUUCAAUGUGCUGCAGACCCCCAGUGGACCGGAAGAUGCUAACUACUUUGAGCAGUUCCGCGACAACAAAUGUACGACGGACAGUUCCCGAUCGCUCAUGCAGUACAUGAUCUCGAUGGACGCUAAGGUGAACCUGUUCGAGCGGUUCAAUGUGGGCUGCUUGCUGGAGAUCAUGUUUCUGGCCACCUUACCGAACUACGAGGGACACGGUGUCGGUACGCGGCUCGUUAGCGAAUCCGUACGGUUGGCGGAGCAACUGAAAAGUGGCAGGGCCGUACCAAGCAAUGUUUCGGGUGAUUCUACGGGAGCGUUCAAGCGGCCACAGCUUGUUUCGGCCCUGUUUACAUCGCGCAUUUCACAACGCGUCGGUGAAAAGGUUGGCUUUACGGUUAUCAAUCAGGUGCCCCAUUCGGAGUUUGUGUACAAGGGUAAAUCGUACAGCGAACGGAUCGGUCCCGAGCAUCCAUUUUCGACGCUCGUCGUGAAGCACAUAUGAUUGAGUGAUCGGGCGGAAAGUGAAAUCGCGAAACGGAAAUGGUGAUAAGUUGCGAUCAUUUCAUUAGCACCAACAUUGGUUUGCUUUUGGCAGUGUUGUUGAACCGGUUUUGUGUUUGUGUGAAAGAUGCGCAAGCUUAUCAUGAGCUAAUACAGUAUUGACGCUAUGUUGCAAAGUGGCGGAAGCUGAGAUUAGGGUAAUGCAAUACAAGGAAAGCGGGUGUGUGAGGAAGUAGAGGGAAAUGACUGGACCAUAAGGAAAGUAAUUAGUCCUAUUAGUCCUAAAAACCAAAAAAAUAAAAAACAAAAAAUAAAAGAUUUGAAUGUUUUCAAUGAUUAGUGGCGAACGUUCUGAACACGUGAUAGUAAUACUAAUGGCACAGGCUCACCAUUCCAGCCUUGUUACGUCGUGCGCGGUCAUUAGUUGAUUUUUUUUUUUUUGCUGUCAGUACAGUCAGUCGUUCUUCCUACAUUAAUUGAUGUGCAUUGGAAUGGAAAUAAAUAUUACUGCACCUGGAUGGCCGUGAGCUGCCCUGUACGGAA